AAUAAAUCCAUAUUCAUGGGAACUUAAUAACAAAAAGCACCCCAAACUAAAUAGAUAACUUAGUUUCAAAUUGAGAUUGCCUGUUUAAAAGUAUGACUUCCUCUCUAAUUUUAGGUUAAAGGCUAUGUGGAAUUGAAUAGAGACAGACGAACUAAUUAAGCAUUAUUGAGAGAGAAAGCUUUAAAUGAAAUGUUACGUAGUCCAUCUAGAGUGAUGGUUGAAGAGUAUCAGAAAUUCCAACAACUAGUUCAGGAUGUACGAUUCUUAGAGACAUGUCAAAUAGUACUAAGGUAUACUAAUCUCGAUAUAACUUAGAUAUUGUGAAAUUGUUAAAGAUCAAUCAAUAAGAAUCUUUAGAUGUGGAGGAGAUCAUUCUAAAAUUGCAGAUCUUAUGCCAUAUAUUGAGAGUAUCCUCUUUGCUGCCGAUAAUUUGAACUUAGAAUAAGUAAUGGAAUUUAAAGAUCUAAUGAUAUACUAUUUUGGUCCUGGCUUCAAUGACACUAGUAAAUUGAUUAAUGUCGAUCAAGAAUUGAGGAAACUCUUUAAAACCCCUCUGCCUGAUGCAUAUGAAGUCAAUGAGUAUGCGUUGAAAUUCGCAGAAAAAUAUGGAUUCAGUGAAGAACAACUAAAUGCUUCAGGACAUUAAUUUAGCUCUAAAAUUUUAAGGCCUGCUCAAGGAGGCAUCUUAGUGGAUUAAUAAGGUUUUGGAUAAUAAUAAUUUAUGCCAAAUCCAAACUAAGGAUUUGGUGAUUUUGGAACACAAGGAGGUUUUGGUCAACCACCUAUUGGUGGUUUUGGAAAUGCGCCUUAACCAGGAUUUGGCUAACCACCCUAAGGAGGCUUCGGUCAGCCACCCUUGGGAGGAUUUGGAAAUCCGCCUCAACCAGGAUUUGGUCAACCACCUGUAGGAGGUUUUGGAAAUCCACCUUAACCAGGAUUUGGUCAACCCCCCUAAGGAGGUUUUGGAAAUUCAUCUCAAGGAGGUUUCGGAAUUCCACCCUAAGGAGGAUUUGGUUAGUCAUAACCAGGUGGAUUUGGUUAAUCAUAACCAGGGGGAUUUGGUUAAUCAUAACCAGGAGGAUUUGGUUAGUCAUAGCCAGGAGGAUUCGGUUAGUCAUAGCCAGGAGGAUUUGGUUAGACAUAACCUGGAGGUUUUGGUUAAUCACAACCAGGAGGUUUUGGAACACAAGGAGAUUUUGGCAAUACCCAAGGAGGUUUUGGAUAAGGUACUUAAGGUGGAUUUGGAAAUUAACCUCCUUAAAAUGGUUUGUAUAAUUAACCAAAUAAUUAAUUUGGUAAUCCUCCUACUGGAGGGUUUGGAACAACCGGAGGAUUCGGUUAAACAAAUGGGUCUCCAAAUCCUUAUUCAUGUUUAAACUAAGGUAUUAUAUUAUUUGAAAUCUCAAGGUCCUUAAAUAAUGGCAAGCUAAAGUAUGAAAGUUCCUUAAUAAUAUUAAAAUCCUUCUGUGCCUUAAUAGCCAUAAGUUUAACCAGCAAUACAACCACAAUAAAAUCCUGGCCAAUAAUCGAAUAUUAAUACUGCAAAUACCUAAGCUCUUGAUGAUUUGGAAGCUAGAUUAAGAAACCUUGAUAAAGCCUUAUGAUGCCAUAAUUAAGUUAAAUCUAUAUA